AUGAGCGAGCAAGUGGCGCUCGGCUACACGGCGGCCGUCGUCGCCGUCUUCUUCUUCGGCACCUGCUACGUGCCAGCCAAGACGUACGCGACCUACGAUGGCAUCAUCUUCCAGUGGUUCAUGUGCUCCGGCAUCUUGAUGGUGGGCAUUGUAUGGGGGCUCCUCAGCAACAACUGGUCGCAGUUCUCCCAGUCAGGCAUGUUCACCUUCCCCGAGGGGCUGCUGGGCGGCGCGCUGUUCGCCAUCGCCAAUCUGCUGAUCCCCACUGUGGUCAACACGCUCGGCCUGGGCGUGGGCUUCAUGCUCUGGAACGCCACCAACGUCACGCUGGGCUACUGCGUCUCGAGGCUGGGGCUGUUUGGUGUGUCGCCGACGAUCCCGAGCAUGCCGUGGGUCAGUUUGCUGGGUAUCGGCUUUAUGCUGGCGUCUAUCGCCGUCUACGGCACCAUCAAACCGACGCUCAAGGCGGCGAAGACCAGCAGGAGAGUCAGGAAGACCAAGUCGAAGAGCAACGGAGACACGGAAGGGAACGGGGAGGCCAAGGUCCACUGGGAGUCGGUGGGGAGCAACAACAGCCUGACCAGUUCUCUGGGCGAGACCUCGCCCUUGCUACCGCAGUUCGCAGCGGACGCAGAGCUGGCGAACGUGGCGCUGGUGCGUCGUGAAUCGCUUCAGGAAUCGCUGGUGCAUCCAGAACUGCCGAAUUUCGGCCCCUACAUGAUGCCCAACGAGCUGGGUGAACACGUGGAAUUGACGGAUGCGGGCGCGGAGAAGACACGGAAGGCUUUCGGUAUGGCGAUUGCACUCCUGGUAGGUGCCUUCCUCAGCUGCUGCCUCGUGCCGUUUGUCAACUGGAAGGACAGGUGCCGCCCGUCCGACCCCGCGCUCAGCAGCCCCAUCGUCGAGACGUGCAACCCACUCAACUUCGUCUUCUCGCAGUGUCUGGGCGUCUACCUUACCAGCACCAUUGUGUUCCUGCUGUACUCGCUUUUUCACCGGUUCGUGCUCAAGCGCUCGAUGCCUCGAAGCGUCAUGCGGCCUGCGUACAUUUGCGGCGUCCUGUGGGGCAUUGGACUCUGUGGCCAGCUCUACGCCAUCGGCCAGCUUGGUUUCGACCAGAUAUUUCCUAUCUGCUCCAUCGGCCCGGCCAUGGUGUCGAUGCUCUGGUCUGCCGGAUACUUCAAGGAGAUCCAAGGCCAGAAGAAUUUGUACACAUUGGCGCUCGGCACAGUGCUCGUUCUCAUUGGCACGGGCCUGCGUGUCAUCUCCAUGUAAGAAGACAAGUAAAGGACAAAUCAAGGACAAGUAUCGAGCUGUUUAACCAACCGCCUGGAAUUCGGGCGAGACCCAAUGAAGCUGACUAUGGAACGG